UUGCUCUAUAAAGCGAACAAGCACCAAGCCUAUUGUGAAUUACUUCUUCUUCUUCUUCUUCUUCUUCUUCGUAGUUAAGCAUUUCACUAACAUGUCUUCUUCUUCCACCAUUCACUUCUACCUUGCAGCUGCAACUCUAUUUUUCGCAGCUCUUUUCCACGGACCUUCUCCGUCUCACGCACAAUUAUCUCCUACGUUUUACGACAGGACGUGUCCGCAAGUGACAAAGAUCAUCAGAGAUGUUAUCUAUAAAGAAUUGAGGACGGAUAUUCGCAUUGCUGCGAGUCUCAACAGGCUUCAUUUCCACGAUUGCUUUGUCAAUGGUUGUGAUGGAUCUCUUUUGUUGGACAACAGUCCUACAAUAGAUAGCGAGAAGCAAUCGCUGGGAAAUAAUAACUCGGUGAGGGGUUUCGACGUUGUUGACAGAAUGAAGAGCCAAUUGGAGAAAGUUUGUCCCGGAGUCGUUUCUUGUGCUGAUAUACUCACGAUCGCAUCUCAAAUAUCUGUCACUUUGUCGGGAGGUCCCUCGUGGACAAAUCUAUUGGGAAGGAGAGACGGCUUGACUGCCAGCCGAGCUCUUGCCGACGAGAACCUUCCUUCACCAUUUGAUUCUCUUGAGUUGCUCAAACAAAGAUUUACAAAAGUUGGACUCAAUGGUGAUGUUGACUUAGUUGCACUAUCCGGCGCCCACACAUUUGGAAAAGCACGGUGCUUAGGAUUCGCCCACCGAUUGUUCAAUUUCAGCGGCCAAGGUGCUCCGGAUCCAACCCUCAACAAAAGCUUUCUGAAAAAGCUUCAGAAAAUAUGCCCUCAAGGCGGCAACGGAAGUGUCAUCACUGAUCUUGACGUAACAACACCUAAUGCUUUUGAUAAUGCCUACUUCACUAACCUCAAGAUCGGAAAGGGUUUGCUUGAAACUGAUCAAAUACUUCUCUCGGCUCCUGGAGCCGAUACUGCUGAUAUCGUCAAAAAAUUUAGCAAGAACACUUUUGCCUUCUUCGAAGCUUUCGUGUUAUCUAUGAUAAGAAUGGGCAAUCUUAGCGUUCUAACAGGGAAUCAAGGAGAGAUUAGAUUGAACUGUAGGGUAGUCAACGGACCUUCAACUUUAUCAGACGACAAUUUGGUGAGCUCAAUAUGAACGAGCGAAACAUUAAAGAGUUACCUAUGCUAAUGAACUACGUAUGACAUAAACAAAUAUGCUUGCAAUGCAAGUAAUAUAUGUACAAUGGUUGUGCACUUAAGAUGCAUUGUAUUUGAAUAUUUUGAAAUAAUAUUUGACUUGAAAAAGUUUGUAUUUAUAAUAUUCUAUUAAAGAUAAUAUAUUAUAAGCAUAGGU